AUGGACUUCGCAGCAAUGGGACAGCACUCCGUAGGGAUCGCCAAGCUCAAGGAGAGGAGAAGAACUCCAGUUUCCCAUAAGGUUAUUGAGAAAAGAAGAAGGGACAGGAUAAACCGCUGCCUUAAUGAACUAGGCAAGACUGUGCCUAUGGCAUUAGCCAAGCAGAACUCUGGGAAACUAGAAAAAGCAGAGAUUUUGGAAAUGACUGUUCAGUAUCUGAGAGCUUUACAUUCGGCUGAUUUUCCCAGAGGAAGAGAUAAAGAUCUUUUGUCAGAGUUUGCCAAUUAUUUUCAUUAUGGCUACCACGAGUGCAUGAAAAACCUGGUUCAUUAUCUGACAACUGUGGAAAGGAUGGAAACGAAGGAUACAAAAUAUGCCCGAAUUGUUGCCUUCCUACAGUCUAAAGCUCAUCUAAGCACAGAGCCGCUGUUUAGCUCUCUACAGGAGGUGGACGUUUCUUGUCAGUUGCACUCUGCUCCAUCUGACUACCCAAGUGACUCUUCCUUUGCACAGGGCUCAGGUGGCUCUUUCUCAUGGCACAGUACUGCAAGAAGCCCCACACUCAAUUACCUCACUGGUCCUACUACAAUGUCUCUUCCGUGCAGCCCUCCUCAGCAGCCACAGCACGGCAGCUUCUUAUCCCCCAUGCAGGGUCUGGACCGACACUACCUCAACUUGUUAGGACAUUCACACCCCAACAGCUUCAGCAUGCACAGUGCACAGCACCCUGCUGUACUGUGACCGCUGCUCUGGGACUCGGGGAUAGCGCUGGAGACAUUUUGGCCAGAAGGGGAUAGCGGCCAGCACCUGUUU